GUGGCUUUUGGAGAGCUAGGGUGUAGCAGCGGGCCGGCGCAGCUGGUAGCAGGAGCCAAGCAGCAGACGAUGGGGACCCAGUGUCCCAGGCAAAGCUGGCCCCACCCCUGGCACCCGACAUGAGCCCUUGCGGGGCCUUCAACUUGAGCCUGCUGAGCGAGGCCACCACAUGUGCAGCACUUGGGGCUCCCAACGCCUCGGCCGGGCCGCCAUCAGGCCUUGUGAGCAGGUCGCCAGCGCUGCCCAUCUUCUCCAUGACGCUGGGUGCUGUGUCCAACGUGCUGGCUCUGGCGCUGCUGUUUCAGGCCGCAGGUCGCCUGCGACGCCGUCGCUCUGCCGCCACCUUCCUGUUGUUCGUCGCCAGCCUCCUGGCUACCGACCUGGCGGGCCAUGUGAUCCCCGGCGCGCUGGUGCUGCGCUUGUACACGGCGGGGCGGUCCCCCACCGGCGGUGCCUGCCACUUCCUGGGCGGCUGCAUGGUCUUCUUCGGCCUGUGCCCGCUGCUGCUGGGCUGCGGCAUGGCGGUGGAGCGCUGCGUGGGCGUCACGCGGCCGCUGCUGCACGCAGCGCGAGUCUCGGCGGCCCGCGCGCGCCUGGCUCUGGCUGCGCUGGCCGCGCUGGCCUUGGCGGUGGCGCUGCUCCCUCUGGCCAGCGUCGGCCACUAUGAGCUGCAGUACCCCGGCACGUGGUGCUUCAUCGGCCUGGGUCCCGCGGGCGGCUGGCGCCAGGCGCUGCUCGCCAGCCUCUUUGCCGGCCUCGGUCUGACCGCCCUGCUCUCCGCACUCGUGUGCAACACCCUUAGCGGCCUGGCGCUGCUGCGAGCCCGCUGGCGCCGCCGCUCUAUAAGGCACCCCCUGCCUUCCCGCACCGACAGCCGCCGUCCCUGGGGAGCCCGUGGACCCCGCUCGGCCUCAUCUUCCUCAGCCUCGUCCGUGGUUUUGGCCUCUGCUGCCGCAGGCGGCUCACCGAGUCGUGGUUCAUCGCGCAGAGCCCGCACUCACGACGUGGAGAUGGUGGGCCAGCUCGUGGGCAUCAUGGUGGUGUCGUGCAUCUGCUGGAGUCCGCUGCUGGUGUUGGUGAUUCUCGCCAUCGGGGGCUGGGGGUCCAGCUCCCUGCAGCGGCCACUGUUUCUGGCUGUGCGCCUAGCCUCUUGGAACCAGAUCCUGGAUCCCUGGGUGUACAUCCUGCUGCGCCAGGCCGUGCUGCGCCAACUGCUUCGCCUCCUGCACCCGAGGGCCGCUGCAGGCAGCCCCGCAGGACUGCGCCUAAGCAGGAGCACCUGGGAUGCCAGUUCACUGCGCAGCUCGCGGCAGUGGCCGUAGCGGCUUUUAGGCGCGCCUGGAGGUUCGAUGGCUCAGCGUUCCGGCGCAGCGCGGAACCUUCGGGGGCGGGGGAACGGACUAAAACCAUUUUGCCAAGGAGCCCAGCGGAGUUACGUCCCGGCGGAACUGCAGCACUCAAGAGGCCACGCGGAGGCGGCAGAGGCGCGGAGUUAGCCUCACCGGAGAGUGCAGUUUCGGGACUUGCCACGAGGAGGUGUGUGUGUGCAGGGCACACUAGAGGCUGCAAGCACCAGGUUGGCGAGGGUGGGGGGCUCAGAUGGAAGCAGAGUUGUCGAUGCCGCCAGGACAGUCUGCAACCAUGCGCUCAUUAUGGUCCUGAGCUUCCCCAAACCACACCCCAUCACAGGCCUUGAAGUCCAGACGUCCCUCAACACCGCCCAUCACGGCCUGCCCACGCUCCACUUAAUAACAGCCGGGAAUCUCCAUCCACUCCUUAUCCUCUUCAAAUAACCCCCAACCACAACCCAGGGGAUCUCCCGGCCAUUCCCUAUACCCUAGACCACCCACUGACUCCAAUUCCAAGCACAGCACCCUCCCCAUUAUUGCACAGAAAGAGAGCCAGAGGAUGCAGGAAUGGGGUAAAUCCCAAAGGCCUUUUUAAAAACUACUAAGAGCUGGGUAGGGGCAGGUGAAGGGGAGAGACUAGCAACCCCCUGCCACGAAGUCGAAGUCCUGGAAGGCCGCUUGCUCGGUGGCGGUGAGGGGCCGCGCAUCUCGCGGAGGGGUCAGCGUGGGGGCCUCCCCUGUGAACUCCUCAUCGAAGUUGCUGACAUCUGUGCGGCCUGACAGUGUGGGCACGAAGGGCGGCGGCAGGCGCCGGGCCAGCAAGGCAUCCCAGCCCAGGGUCUGUGAAGGCAGAGUGUGCUCAACAGACUGACCAGAACCUUAUCCCACUGCCCCCUGAUCUCCUGAGUUUAAUGAG